AUGCCACCCCACGGAGGGGUGUUUGUGGGUCUCUGGCUGCUGCUGGCCCCCAGUCUCGCUGAGCCCCCCUGCCACGGGGGGGCCACCCUCGCCUUCGUCUUUGAUGUCACCGGCUCCAUGUACGACGACCUGGUGCAGGUGAUGGAUGGGGCCUCGCGCAUCCUGGAGCGGACACUCAGCAGGAGCACGAAGCCCAUCAGCAACUACGCGCUGGUCCCCUUCCACGAUCCAGAGGUGGGACCCGCCACCCUCACUGCGGACCCCCGGCUCUUCCAGAGGCGCUUGCGGGAGCUCCAGGUCCAGGGCGGAGGGGACUGCCCGGAGAUGAGUGUGGGAGCCAUCAGGCUGGCUGUGGAGGUCUCGCACCCCGGCUCCUUCGUCUACGUCUUCUCGGAUGCUCGGGCCAAGGACUACGAGCAGCAGGAGGAGCUGCUGCGGCUGCUGCAGCACAAGCAGACCCAGGUGGUGUUUGUGCUGACGGGGGACUGCGGGGACAGGAGCCACCCCGGGUACCGCGUGUACGAGCGCAUCGCUGCCACCAGCUCCGGGCAGAUCUUCCACCUGGACAAGCAGCAGGUGACAGAGGUGCUGAAGUGGGUGGAAGAGGCCAUCCAGGCCUCCAAGGUCCACUUGCUGUCCACGGACCACGAGGAUGGCGGAGAGCACAUGUGGCCUGUCCCCUUUGACCCUAGCCUGAAGGAGGUCACCAUCUCCCUGAGUGGCCCUGCCCCAGAGAUCGAGGUCCGGGAUCCAGCAGGAAAGGUCCUUGAGAAAGGCCAAGGUCUGAAGGAACUGCUCAGCAUCCCCAACUCAGCCAUGGUGGUGGCUGUGGAGCCCCAUGAGCCAGGGACAUGGUCGGUCACGACCCAGAGCAGUGGCCGCCACUCGCUGAGGAUCACAGGCAUCAGCAACAUUAAUUUUCAAGCCAGCUUCUCCACCCAGCCAGACUUUGACGCUAGCCAGCCCGGACAGCGGCCGGUGCAGGGUCUGCCCAUCUCCGUGGUGGUGAACUGCACUGGUCUGAAGCCGCCUGGGCACUUGCAGGAGAUUGAGCUCUUCAACACCUCUGGCCAUGCCCUCCUCUCGCUGCCCGCACGGCCCCUCUCCAACACCUCCUUGGGGAGGCUCUGGGUGGGCUCGCCGCUCCGCGUCCCCCCAGGCGACUUUCUGCUGAAGGUGAAGGGCAAAGAUGCCCAGGGCCACCCCCUGCACCGCCUCUCCGGCGUCACCUACACCAGUGUGGUCGCCGGUCUACCCAAAGUGAACAUCUCCAGCAAGAUCCAGGCUUACAACCGUGAGCCACAGCUGAUCUCCUGCUCUGCACGGAGCGAGGUCCCUUUCCGCCUGCAGCUCAGCCGUGGUAGGAUGAAGCUUGGGGAGGAGCGGCUCUUCAGGAGUUCGGGGAACAUCAGCUGGUUGAUCCCUGUGGUGUCCAAGAGUGACGAAGGGUUUUACGAGUGCACAGCCACGAGCAAGGUUGGGGUGACGCGGGCUCGUGCCUACGUCUCUGUCUCAGAGCCACCGCCGCGUCUCAUAGCCCCAGGCAACAUCACAGCUUCACCGGGCCAAGAUGUGGUCAUGUCCUGCCUGGUUCUGGGCGAUGUGCCCUACAACCUGACAUGGAGCUGGGACGGGAAGGCGGCACAGCCGGGGGAUGGCCGGACCAGGCUGCUGCAGAACCGCUCACUGGAGAUCAGCCGCGUGCAGCCGGCGGAUGGGGGCCUGUACGAGUGCGUGGCACGCAGCGCCCACGGCACUGCCACUGCCUCCCUCUGGCUCUUUGUCCAGGAGGUGCCGUGGGUGAAGGUCGACGCCAGCCCCCAGCGUUUCAGCAGGGGCCAGGAGCUGCGGCUGAACUGCACGGCUGGGGGCCACCCCCGGCCCCACACCGCCUGGAAGCGCUGGGGCUGGGCCCUGGAGCAGGACAAGAGGGUUUUCACGGAUGCUCAGGGUACCCUGCACAUCAGGGCCGCUGUCCCAGAGGAUGCGGGGAAUUACAGCUGCUACGCUGGCAGCGCACUGGGCUGGGACGAGCAAGUCAUCACCCUGGAGUUCACCGAGCCUCCUGCCAUCCUGGCGGUGACACCCAGCCUGAAGGCACUGGUGGGAGAAGAUGUGACCCUGGAGUGCUGGGUUUUGGGGGUGCCCCCACCCCACAUCGUGUGGUACAAAGGCGAGCAGGCGGUGGCGGCGUUCCCACCCGGCACCCAGCGUGCCGCCCUGCGGCUGCAGGCAGUGCGGGAGGAGGACGCGGGGCGGUACGUCUGCGAGGCUCUCGGUGAGGCUGGCGUCACCUUCGAUGGCACCAUGCUGGACGUGGGGUCUGCCCCUCACUUUCCUGAGCCCCUGGGGGACAUGGCGGUCGAGGUCGGGGAGCGAGUGAGCCUGCUGUGCCGCGUCGAGGGCUCUCCCCCACCACAGGUCACCUGGUCCCGGCAGGACGGGAAGCCCGUAACGGGCUGGCAUGGGCCGCGUGGUGUUUCCAGCCAGCUGGAGGCUGCUGAGCUCCUCAUCAACAGCGCCUCGCUGGAUGACCAAGCCAUCUACAUCUGCGAAGCCCGGAAUGAGUUUGGGAAAAUCCAAGCGGAGGUCAAGCUCAUGGUCACCGGACACGCCCCAGAAAUAGCUCUUGCAUCUCCUGUGGUCCGUGCGCUCCCAGGCCAGCCCGUGUCACUGCCCUGUGUGAUCCUGGCCGGGAGGCCAUUCCCAGCCCGCCGCUGGCUGAAGGAUGGGCAGCCGGUAGCCCCAAGUGGCCGCUACUCUGUCCGGGCUGAUGGGAGCCUGCAUGUCGACCAGGCGUCACAGGGGGACGCAGGGAGGUACACCUGUGAGGUGACCAACCCCCUUGGCUCGCACAGGCAGGACGUGUCCCUGGUCAUCCAUGUUCCUCCCAGCAUUGAGCUUGGCCCUGUCCUUGUCACCGCCACCGAGGGAGCGGCCAUCACCCUGCGGUGCAAUGCCACCGGCGUGCCUCCCCCUACUGUCACCUGGGCAAAGGGCACAGAGCCCAUCUCCCUGAGCCCACGCUACCACCUCGACCCUGAUGGGACCCUCCUGAUCCCUUCACCCUCCCCUGGGGACGCUGGGACCUACUUCUGCACAGCUACCAACGUGGCAGGCUUCUCCAGCCAGGAGAUGCAGCUCUCCGUCAGCACGAAGCCCAGGAUCAGCGUGAACGGAUCGCAGGCGUCGGAACCCGUAACCAUCCUGGCUGUGCUUGGGCAGGAGACCACCCUGCCCUGCGAGGUUCAAGGCUAUCCCCCUCCCUUGGUGGUGUGGACCCAGGAGUCCCAGCCGCUGCCUCUUGCCACCGCAAGGUACAGCGUCCUCCCUUCGGGGUCCCUCCGGCUGGCUGAGCCCCAAGUGACGGACACCGGCCUCUACACCUGCACGGCCACGAACGCCGUGGGGAACACCUCGCUCACCUACAGCCUGCAUGUCCAAGCUCCCCCCCAGCUGCUGAUCGGUGAUGGGGAAAGCCACCUGACGGCUGUUGCCAACGACUCCCUGAGGAUUCACUGUCGUGCCAUGGGCAUCCCCACACCCCAGAUCCAGUGGCUGAAGGACGGGCACCCGCUGGGCGAACAGGACGGUGUGGUGGUGUCUGAGGAUGGUGGGACCCUGCUGAUCACUCGCGUGGGGCUCAGCCACGAAGGGCUCUACAUCUGCCAGGGCAGCAGCCGGGCAGGGGUGGCCCAGGCAGAGGUGCAGGUUUCGGUGCAGGUGCCUCCAAACAUCGAACCCAGCGCGACGGACCUGGCUGUCCUGGAGAACAGCACGGUGUCCCUGGAGUGCCUGGCCUCGGGGCUGCCUGCUCCGGAUAUUGCUUGGUACAAGGGGUAUGAGAAGCUCUCAGCUGGGCCGAGCCGGACCCUGUCCAGGGAUGGGAAGCGCCUGGAGAUCCAGCAUGCCCGGCUCUCCGAUGCAGGCAGCUACCGCUGCGUGGCCUCCAACGUGGCCGGUGUCACUGAGCUGUGGUACAGCCUGCAGGUGAUCGUGCCCCCGUCCUUCUCCUCAGCAGAGCCUGCCACCGUGUCCGUGCUGGAGGGGCAGUCCGUCAGGCUGGCCUGCAAGUGCCAUGGGAUUCCCUUCCCCACCCUGAGCUGGUGGAAGGACGGCGAGCCCCUCUCCACCCAGCCUGGGAGCCCAAAGCUGGUGUCCACGGGAGGGAGCACGCUGUACAUUGAGAAGGUACGGCUGGUGGACGAGGGGACGUACACCUGUGAGUGCAGGAAUGCCGCCGGCAGCAGCAGCAAGGAGCAUUGCCUGGAGGUGCACGCGCUGCCGAGGAUCCAGGGCAGCAGCAAAGCCCUGAGGAAGGUUUCUGUCAUCAAGGCCGGCGAGACGGUUUUGGAGUGCGAGGCCGUGGGGACGCCACCGCCCACGGUGACGUGGAUGAAGGAUGGGCAGCCCGUGGCCGGCGGGGACGGGAUCCUGCUUAUGGAGCAGGGGAGGCGGCUGCGCAUCCCCAAGGCAGAGGUGGCCCACGCAGGACGCUACGCUUGCCUGGUGGCAAACGCAGUGGGGCAGGAGCAGAGGGAGUUUGAUGUUGCGGUGCAUGUUCCUCCUGAGUUCAUUCAAGGAUCAGGAUCGACAACUAACGUCAGCGUCUCUCUGCAAGGAUCCCUGACACUGACCUGUGAGGCCACUGGCAUUCCCCUGCCCACAGUCACCUGGUCCUGGAACGGCUCUCCUGUCACCCCCAGCGAGCGCACGCGUGUGCUUUCAGGGGGCUGGCUGCUGAGGCUCACCCGUGCACAAGCCCAGGAUGGUGGCCACUAUUCCUGCCUGGCCAGCAACAUAGCUGGGGAGGCCAGGAAGCAUUUCUACGUGGAGGUCCUAGUUCCUCCCCACAUCGAGAACGCGGGUGAAGAAGAGACCAUCAAAGUGCCCGAGGGUCACCCUGUCACCUGGUCCUGCCUGGCUGCGGGCAACCCCCAACCUAAGAUCACCUGGCUGAAAGAUGGCCACCCUCUGCCCAGUGGAGACACCUUCUCCAUCUCUCCUGAUGGCUCCAUGCUCCACAUCCCCCGAGCCUCCCCGUCUGAUGCUGGCCGCUACUCCUGCACGGCCUCCAGCUCUGUGGCAAAUCAAACCAAGCACUACCUGCUAGAUGUUUUGGCCAGUCCUACCUUUGCUGGAGAUGCCCAUGAUGCUGCUGCAGAAGAAGUCAUAGUGAUCAUCAACAACCCCAUCUCCUUGGUCUGCGAGGCUCUGGCAUACCCAUCUCCCAACAUCACCUGGCUCAAGGAUGAGGUUCCCCUCAAAGCGUCUAGAAAUGUCCUCCUGCUCCCUGGUGGCCACGGGCUGCAGAUCCUGAAUGCCCAGGAAGAGGAUGCGGGCACGUACAGCUGCAUUGUGGCCAGCAAAGCCGGGGAGGCCGUGAAGAACUACUCCGUGAAGGUCCUAGUUCCUCCUUGGAUUGCCAGAGAUGACUCUCUGGGGGAAUUUGCCGUGAAAGAGGUGAAAACCAGGGUCAACAGCACGGUGAUGCUGGAGUGCGAGACCUGGGCUGUGCCCGAGCCGACCAUCCGGUGGUACAAGGACAAGCAGCUCCUGGCAAGCACCGGCCACCUCCAGAUCCUCAGUGAGGGGCAGGUCCUUCAGAUCAAACCAGCCAGUGUCUCGGAUUCGGGGCACUACACCUGCGUGGCCACCAAUGCUGUGGGCGAAGAUGACAGGGACUUCAUCGUGCAUGUCCAAGUGCCACCCCUCUUCCAGCAGCAGACAAGCCCUAACGAAGCCCUCGAGAUCUUCUACCGGGAGGAGGACCAGGACGGGGAGGUGACGGAGCACCGGCAGGCUGUCCUCGACCAGCCCACCGCACUCUACUGUGAUACCAAUGCCAUCCCACCCCGGAUCACCUGGUACAAGGAUGGGGAGCCCCUCUCCCCCAGCCCGGGGGUGCUGAUCCUGCUAGGGGGCCGGGUGCUGCAGCUGCCCACGGUGCAGGAGGAGGACGCAGGCAGGUACACCUGCGAGGCGGCCAACGCGGCGGGACAGGACCGCCUGCACUACGAGCUGGAGGUGCUGACUGCCCCGGCCAUCCACGGUGGCACGGAGGACCUGGCUGAGGAGGUGACGGCCACCAUCAAUAGCACCGUUCGCUUCAACUGCGAAGCCACUGGGCACCCAGCGCCUGCGGUGUCCUGGCUCUGGAACGAUGUCCCCAUCAUGGUCGGCCCACGGCACCAGCUCCUGGAAGGCGGCACGGUCCUGCAGGUGGCUGCAGUGGAGGUGGGUGACACCGGCAGCUACACGUGUGUGGCUGAGAACCUGGCCGGGUCAGCUGAGAAGCACUUUGCCCUCACCGUGCAGGAAGCUCCCUGGAUUGUGGGCACAAACCCUGAAAGGGUCCAUGGCAUCGUCAACGGCAGCGUCUCGCUGGUGUGCGACGUCCAAUCCCACCCUGCUGCGGAGAUUGCCUGGUACAAGGACGGCCGCAUCCUGCAGCUCAGUGAGGAGGUGGCCAUCACCCCAGGCUCACGGGUGCUGCAGCUCCCUCGCCUGCAGCUUUCCAGCUCAGGCACAUACACCUGCGUGGCGGUGAACGUGGCCGGCCGGGAUGAGAAGCGCUUCAUCCUCACCAUCCACGAGCCCCCGGGCAUCGAGGACCCACAACAGGAGACGCUGGACGCCGACAUGGGGAGCCCCCUCAUCCUGACCUGCCGAGUCACCAGCGUGCCCGCGCCUGCCGUCACCUGGCUGAAGGACGGGAGCCCGCUGGAGAGCAGCCCAGAGUGGGGCCUGGUGUCGGGGGGGGGCCAGCUCCAGCUCAGCCCCCUGCAGCCCUUCCACCAGGGCCGGUACACUUGCCUGGUGCGGGGCCCAGGCACAGAGAUGCGCAAGGACUUCAUGGUGCUGGUGCGAGUGGCACCCCAGAUCACCAGUGCGGGGGUCCCCAGUGAGCACACCGUGCUGGAAGGCAGAGGGGUGAGGCUGGAGUGCCGGGCGGAGGGGCAGCCCACCCCCCAGAUCUCCUGGCUGAAGGACGGGCAGCCCCUGGGGCUGCAGCCCCCUUCACACGCCCGGAUGUCCCCGGACGGCAGCUCCCUGCUCCUCGAGGGGCUCCAAGCCGCCGACUCGGGGGCGUACACCUGCCUGGCCCGAAACAGCGUGGGUGAAGACGCACGGCUGCACACACUGAGCGUGCUAGUCCCCCCCACCAUCGAGAGAGGCGCCGAUGACUCGGAGGUGGUCCGUGGCGUCCUGUCCGCAGCGGUGACACUGGAGUGCCGGGCACAGGGGUCCCCUCCCCUGCACGUGAGCUGGCUGAAGGACGGGCUGCCCCUGCGCCUGUCCCCUCGUGUCACCCUGCUCUCAGCUGGGCACGUCCUCCAGAUCUCCCAGGCACAGGUCUCUGACACCGGGCUCUACACCUGCAUCGCCUCCAGCCUGGCAGGGGUGGCCGAUCGCAGCUUCGUCCUGCAGAUACGGGUGCCCCCCGUCCUGGAGAGCUCCGAGAGCAGCGAGGAGCAGAUGGUGGCCGAGGGCUCCGAUGUCACUUUCACCUGCGAAGCCACCGGGUCCCCAGCACCGGUGGUGACCUGGCUGAAGGACGGCGAGCCCCUGGGGUGGCAGAGCAACCAGGUGCCUGGCAGCCCGCGGCUGAGCCUGACGGCCGUGGGGCUGGCCGACGCAGGGGUGUACUCCUGCCUGGCAACGAACGAGGUGGGGGAGACCAGCAAAGCCUUCCACCUCCUGGUGAUGGAGCCACCCCGAGUCGAGGCUGCAUCCCAUCCCACUGAGAUGUCCAUCACCGCAGGCACCCCGCUAGAGCUGACGUGUGUGGUGAUGGGCAACCCCAUGCCCACUGUCACCUGGGAGAAGGACGGACGGCUGCUGGCAGGGCCCUGGCUCGUGUCAGGGAAUGAGAGCACCCUCCACAUCGAGACCACUAAGGUGGCCGAUGCUGGCUUGUACACCUGCCUGGCUGCUAGCCCCGCUGGGGAGGACAGCAGGAGCUUCCACGUCAGCAUCCAAGCACCUCUCAGCAUGGCGAGCGUUGGAGACACCCCCAGCAUCACCACUGUGGCAGGGGGGCAGCUCAUCCUGGAGUGCCCUGAGGAUGCCAUGCCGCCCCCCCACAUCGAGUGGCACCGGGAGGGCUCCCCGCUGCGGGAGGAUGCCCGCAGGCAGGUCCUGGCCGAGGGGCGCUUCCUGCAGAUCCGGGCCGUGGGGGCGGCGGACGGUGGGGAGUACAGCUGCAGGGCCACCAACGCACUGGGGGACAGCAGCCUGCGUGUCCGGGUGGAGGUUCACGUGGCCCCGGAGAUCCAGCCGGGCCCCAAGGAGGUGAGGACGCUGCUGAACGGCUCGGCGGUGCUGCCAUGCCGGGCGGAGGGGUGGCCCGUGCCCCGGGUGACGUGGCGGAAGGAUGGCCAGCUCCUACCCCUUCACAGGAGCAACAGGCUGCAGCUCCUGCCAGGCGGCUCCCUGCAAAUCAACCACGUUCAGGUCCAGGAUUCGGGGUAUUACCUCUGCAUGGCAUCCAGCCCCGCCGGCUCUGACUGGCGAGGCCUGGACCUCCACGUCCUGGUCCCUCCCGCCAUCGCCCCCGGGCCCUCCAACCUCACCCUGCUGGCUCAGCAGCUGGCCACGCUGGGCUGCGACGCCUGGGGAUCCCCCGAGCCCCACGUCAGGUGGGAGAAGGAUGGCCGCCCCCUGAACCCACACCUCCCACCCGGCGCCUACAGCUUGCAGCCCUCAGGGUCGCUGCUCAUCACCAACCCUGGUCCCCGGGAUGAGGGGCGGUUUGAGUGCAUCGCCACCAAUGCUGCCGGAGAGGCACGCAAGGUCUUCCUCGUGUCCGUCCACGUGCCCCCUACCAUUGCCGAUGACUUCACGGAUGUGGUUGUCACCCGGCUGUCCCCCGCAGUCCUCACCUGCUAUGCCUCUGGCGUGCCCACACCCACGGUGUCAUGGAGCAAGGAGGGGGCUCAGCUGGGCAGCCGAGGAGUGGGCUACCACGUCCUGCCCACAGGAGCCCUGGAGAUCAGGCAGGCGCUGCCUGCACAUGCCGGCCGCUACACCUGCAUGGCGAGGAGCGCUGCUGGCACAGCCCGAAAACACCUCCGGCUCGUGGUGCACGAGCCCCCCGCCUUGAAGCCCCUGCCUGGCAUGGUGAUGGUGAUGGUCAACAGCAGCGCAGUGCUGUCCUGCGAGGCAACAGGGGUCCCCCAGCCAGAGGUCACGUGGCAGAAGGAUGGUGUUGGCAUCGCCGGAGGGCCUGGGCUGAAGGUGCUCCCCAACGGGCAGCUGCAUCUCCUCCGAGCCUCCCCAGGGGACGCAGGCACCUACCUGUGCGUGGCUCGCAACCCCUCGGGCACCGCUGCGGGGAGGACUAGGCUGAUCGUGCAAGUGCCCCCCAUCAUUGCGGCUGGCCCCGCGGAGCUGGCUGUUCUGGAGGGGCUGGAGGUGCUGCUGCCCUGUGCCGCCCGCGGCGUCCCUGAGCCUCGUGUGUCCUGGAGCCGGGAGGGAGCCCCGGUGCGGGGUGGUGGGGGGAAGGCCACCAUCCUGCCCUCCGGGGAGCUGCUGCUCCGGGAUGUCCAGGAAGGGGAUGCCGGGAGCUAUUCCUGCACUGCGGUGAACUCGGCUGGGAGGGCUGUCCGCCAGCUCUCCCUCUCCAUCCACACCCUGCCCACCUUCACCCGCCUGCCCGGAGAUGUCACCCUGAGCCGGGGCGAGAGGCUGGAGCUGGUGUGUGCUGCCGCGGGCAGCCCCCAGCCCCGUGUCUCCUGGACGGCCAACGGGCAGCUCGUCACUGAUGGCGUGUCGGGGCGGAGCGGCCAGAGCACACUGCGGCGAGAGGCAGCCACCCGCGCUGACAGCGGGACCUACGUCUGCCACGCCGAGAACAGUGCUGGUGCCAUCACGACCACCGCUUUCGUCUCCGUCAGAGAGGCACCCAUCAUACAGGGGGACCCCAGCACCUACCAGGUGGAGCGCCCCGGGAGCGAUGCCCUUCUUGACUGCAAUGCCCGCGGCCACCCCACACCCCUCGUCCGCUGGAGCAAGGACAGGGUGCCGGUGGUGGCCGGCAGGCGCCUGCGCCAGCUGCAGAACGGCUCCCUGGCCAUCCGUGCCGUGGGGAGCACCGACGUGGGGCACUACUGGUGCACAGCGGAGAAUGAUGCAGGCACGGCGGUGAAGGUUGUCACCCUGGCCCUGCAGAGUGCCCCCACGGUGGCGGUGACGCCACGAGCGGUGGUGGUGCGUGCCGGGCAGCGGGUGCUGCUGCACUGUGCCGUGUUGGGGGAGCCCACCCCCUCCGUGGAGUGGCAGCGGGAUGGGGAGCCGCUGCCCGAGGGUCCCCGCGCCCGCGUCCUGCCCAACGCCACGCUGCUCCUGCCCGCCGUCAGCCACCGUGACGCCGGCAGCUACUCCUGCCUCGCUCGCAACGCCCUGGGGUCUGCCAUCGCCCGUGCCUCCCUGGCUGUCCAAGGGGAGCCACGCCGGGUGCGGGGCAGCCUGGUCGGCGUCAUCAACGCCCACGAGCUUGGCGUCACCACCCUUGAUGCCAGCGUGCUGGAUGACCCACGCUCCGGCAUCGCCGCCAUCCGGAGCAGCAUCGGCAGCAUCCCACCCACUGUCGGGCCCCUGAUGCGGGUGCUGGUUGCCAUCAUCGCCCCCAUUUACUGGUCCUUGGCGCACACCGGCGGGGAUGCCCGGAGCGGGUUCCUGCUCACCCGGGGCACCUUCCGGCACGAGUCGCAGCUGGAGUUUGCCACAGGGGAGCUCCUGCGGGUCACCCACCUCGCCCGGGGCACGGAUGCCGCCGGCGCUCUGCUGCUGGACAGCGUGAUCGGCGGCUCUGUGCCGGAGAGCAUCGGCAAGGCCACGGUGCUACUGCAGGACUUCAGCGAGCGCUACGUGCAGACGGGCAUGGGGCGGCUCUCGGGGGACUCGCUGCAGAGCUUCCUGUGGGACGGGCACAUCAUCCGUGCCCACUGCAAUCACACCAUCGUGUACGACCCCCCUGCGGGCCUGCAGCCCCCCCGGGUGCAGCAUGUCCAGGCCAGCGCCGUCAAAGCCUCCUACGACCCGGCCUCAGAGGAACUCAGCUUCCAGCUCCGUGCCUCACUUGAUACAGGGGCUAAUGGAGACCAGUGCCCACUGGGAUUCAUCCUGGGCCCUGGGCAGCUGUACUGCAUUGAUAUCGACGAAUGCGCCGAGGGGUCCCACGCCUGCCGCUACAACCAGCUCUGCCAGAACGCCGCAGGGACCUAUCGCUGUGCCUGCCCUCCUGGCUACCACUCGCUGGGUGCUGGCUGGCCAUGCUUGGAUGUAAACGAGUGCCUGCAGUUUCCUCCACCGUGUGCCUUUGAGUGCCGCAACCUGCGGGGCUCCUACGAGUGCCUGUGCCCCCCCGGCAGGACCCUGCUGCCGGGCGGAGAGUGCGGCGCAGCAGGGGCGGACGGAGGGGGCACAACGGGCAGCACCCCCCGGGACCCCCCCCUGCGCUGGCUGGGGCUGCGCAGCCGCCCACGGGGACAGCCCUACGCUCAGCUCGCCCUCCGCCGCGUGGCAAAGGCUGCAGGGCUGGGUGCCCGGGGUCCCCCCUGCCCCAUGGGCUUCGUCAAGAGGAAUGGUACCUGCACCGACCUUGACGAGUGCCAGAUGCUGAACCAGUGCCAGCACGAGUGCAGGAACAGCCUGGGCAGCUACCGCUGCGUCUGUCCCCCCGGCUACCAGCUGCUGCCCAACGGGAAGACCUGCCACGACGUGGACGAGUGUGCGGAGGGCACGAUCCAGUGUGGCUCGAGCCAGAUAUGCUUCAACACCCGUGGAGGUGCCCAGUGCGUGGAUGUGCCAUGCCCAGCCGGGUACCGGAGAGGCUCCAGCCCUGGGGUAUGUGUCGGUCGCUGCACCCCAGACUGCGGCUCGGCUGGCCCCCCCACGCUGCAGUACCAGCUGCUCACCCUGCCCCUCGGCAUCGCUGCCGGCCGUGAUGUGGUGCACCUCGCCCCGGGCGCUGCCCUCCGCCACCGCCCCAUCUUCACGCUGCUGGAGUGGGAGCCCGGCAGCCCCUUUGUCCUCCGCACCGAGCAGGGCCGCGGCAUCAUCUCCACCCUGCGCCCACUGCAGGACCCCGGCACCCACCGCCUCAAGGUGCAGGCGCUGGCCCCGGGCGGGCAGCGGGCACCCAGCAUCUUCCUCCUCCUCAUCUCCGUCUCGCCCUACCCCUACUGACACAGCCAAGGGACAGGAUGGGACACGGGGUUAUAUCUCCUCCUGUCCCUCACCACCGCACCGGUGGGGGCACGUGGCUCAGGGAGAGCUGAGCUUGCACCAUUCCUCUCCCCACCCCGGACACCCCCUUGCCCCCCAGCAGCCCCUGCCUGCGUUGCCUUCACCCAGGGCCAGUCCCUGACUCAGCAGGGCCCUGGGGGGGACAAGAUGUCCCGCCAGCCUCUCGCAAUCAGGUUUUGUUGCAACCCCGCAAUUCGCACUGGCAGCCCUGGAGCAAACACAGCUCUGGACGGCCUUGGCCACGACCGGCCCCCAGAUGGGGGGGUGGAUGAGUUGGGUGACAGCAGCCGGCAAGGGCCCCACCGGGGUGCAGGGUGUGAUCCCCCGGGGCGGGGAGGGCGCAGGGCACCCUGACAUUAACCACGUAUUAAAUUGAAAUAGCCUUGUGUUCAAUUUUUUUUUUUUUAAUCCACUUGGUUUCUGUGUACACUUAUUUAUUUAUGGUUUUGUUCCAAAUAAAGGUGUUCUGUGGCUAA